GCCCCGAGCCUGGAAGCGAGCUACGCCGAGGGGGAGGGGCGGCUGGAAGUCUUCUUGGGCGGAGGAAGGGGACGCCUCCGAACCCUCCCUCCCCCUUUAACUCCCCAGCCCCAUGGGAGAAGCCCCGAGGCCCGUCCAGCUCGAGCCCAGGAACCCGGAAGGGGGCUUGCUCCCGGGAGAAGCGGCGUUUCUUUGCUAGAAAGCGCCUUGAGCCCUCAGCUUGGAGGUGGAUUGACUUGCGAAGCGGAGUCUGCGGCGGCUGGGGCGGCUGCGGGGGUGCGGCGAGCUCCGGUCGCCCGCCGGGCCCCACUCCUGGGAAGGCUGAACGCACACACCGUUCUCUGGAAGUGGGCGCCGAAGGCGCGGAGCGCGAGUGGGGCCGGAGGAUGGGGAGUAGGUGUGCGCAGCUACAGAGGGCAUUUGUCGGAACUCCUGCUUUGCCACCCAACAGAGGCUUCCAGGCUCCUCAUUGGUGGACGUGAGAGGGAGGCUUGCACAGUUUCGGGAGCUGCGGACUUAACACGCGGAAAUGGAGGAGAUCUGCCAGGCUGGGCUCUCCACUGCUUUUCUAAAAAUCUUGGAAACUUUGUCCUUCAUUGAAUUACGACACUGUCCACCUUUAAUUUUCUCGAAAACGCCUGUAACUCAGCUGAAGGCGCAGUAUGGGUCCUCGCCUCAAGGAGCCAGCCCCGCUUCUCAGAGCUACAGUUACCACUCUUCGGGAGAAUACAGCUCCGAUUUCUUAACUCCAGAGUUUGUCAAGUUUAGCAUGGACCUCACCAACACUGAAAUCACUGCCACCACUUCUCUCCCCAGCUUCAGUACCUUUAUGGACAACUACAGCACAGGCUACGACGUCAAGCCACCUUGCUUGUACCAAAUGCCCCUGUCCGGACAGCAGUCCUCCAUUAAGGUAGAAGACAUUCAGAUGCACAACUACCAGCAACACAGCCACCUGCCCCCCCAGUCCGAGGAGAUGAUGCCGCACUCCGGGUCGGUUUACUACAAGCCCUCCUCUCCCCCGACGCCCACCACCCCGGGCUUCCAGGUGCAGCACAGCCCCAUGUGGGACGACCCAGGCUCCCUCCACAACUUCCACCAGAACUACGUGGCCACCACGCACAUGAUUGAGCAGAGGAAAACGCCGGUCUCCCGCCUCUCCCUCUUCUCCUUUAAGCAGUCGCCCCCCAGCACCCCCGUGUCUAGCUGCCAGAUGCGCUUCGACGGACCCCUGCACGUCCCCAUGAACCCGGAGCCGGCGAGCAGCCACCACGUGGUGGACGGGCAGACCUUCGCUGUGCCCAACCCCAUCCGAAAGCCCGCGUCCAUGGGCUUCCCCGGCCUGCAGAUCGGUCACGCGUCGCAGCUGCUCGACACGCAGGUGCCCUCGCCGCCGUCGCGGGGCUCCCCUUCCAACGAGGGGCUGUGCGCCGUGUGCGGCGACAACGCGGCCUGCCAGCACUACGGCGUGCGCACCUGUGAGGGCUGCAAAGGGUUCUUUAAGCGCACGGUGCAAAAGAACGCGAAAUACGUAUGUUUAGCAAAUAAAAACUGCCCAGUGGACAAGCGGCGCCGGAAUCGCUGUCAGUACUGCAGAUUUCAGAAGUGCCUGGCUGUUGGGAUGGUGAAAGAAGUGGUUCGCACAGACAGUUUAAAAGGCCGGAGAGGUCGUUUACCUUCGAAACCGAAGAGCCCACAGGAGCCCUCUCCCCCCUCGCCCCCGGUGAGUCUGAUCAGUGCCCUCGUCAGGGCCCAUGUCGACUCCAACCCGGCUAUGACCAGCCUGGACUAUUCCAGGUUCCAGGCGAACCCUGACUAUCAGAUGAGUGGAGAUGACACCCAGCAUAUCCAGCAAUUCUAUGAUCUCCUGACUGGCUCCAUGGAGAUCAUCAGGGGCUGGGCGGAGAAGAUCCCGGGCUUCGCUGACCUGCCCAAAGCCGACCAGGACCUGCUUUUCGAAUCGGCUUUCCUAGAACUAUUUGUGCUGAGAUUAGCAUACAGGUCCAACCCAGUGGAGGGUAAACUCAUCUUUUGCAAUGGGGUGGUCUUGCACAGGUUGCAAUGCGUUCGUGGCUUUGGGGAAUGGAUUGAUUCCAUUGUUGAAUUCUCCUCCAACUUGCAGAAUAUGAACAUCGACAUUUCUGCCUUCUCCUGCAUUGCUGCCCUGGCUAUGGUCACAGAGAGACACGGUCUCAAGGAACCCAAGAGAGUGGAGGAGCUGCAAAACAAGAUUGUAAAUUGUCUCAAAGACCAUGUGACUUUCAAUAAUGGGGGCUUGAACCGCCCCAACUAUUUGUCCAAACUGUUGGGGAAGCUUCCAGAACUCCGUACGCUUUGCACGCAGGGGCUACAGCGCAUUUUCUACCUGAAACUGGAAGAUUUGGUACCACCACCAGCAAUAAUUGACAAACUUUUCCUGGACACUUUACCUUUCUAAGACCUCCUUCCAUGCACUUCAAAGAAACUGGAAAGAAACCUAAAACUGUCCAGAGGGGGCAAGUCACAAGGGCAGAGAGAUCCCCCUGAGCUGCCUCAGCUCUAGCCGGCCCCCACCCCUUCCAUACACCUUGGCCCUUGAUCUCUAAAGAAAACAAACAAACAAACAACAACAAAAGCAAAAACUGUUACUAUUUCCUAACCUGCAGGCAGAACCUGAAAGGGCAUUUUGGCUCCGGGGCAUCCUGGAUUUAGAACACGGACUACACACAAUACAGUGGUAUAAACUUUUUAUUAUCAGUUUAAAAAUCAUUUUAUUGUUCAGAAGGAAGCUUCUUAAUGUAUGACGGAAAACAUUUGGCCAUGUUUGGUUGUUGCAGUUAAGACAAAUGUAAUGCACAUAGACACAUACACACACACCCACAUUGUAAGGGGACCCACAAGUAUUGCCCUUUAAAAGACUUCAAAGUUUUCUGCUGUAAAGAAAGCUGUAAUAUAUAGUAAAACUAAAUGUUGCGUGGGUGGCAUGAGUUGAAGAAGGCAAAGGCUUGUAAAUUUACCCAAUGCAGUUUGGCUUUUUAAAUUAUUUUGUGCCUAUUUAUGAAUAAAUAUUACAAAUUCUAAAAGAUAAGUGUGUUUGCAAAAAAAAAGAAAAAAGAAAUAACCACAAAAAAGGGACAAGCAUGUUGAUUCUAGGUUGAAAAUGUUAUAGGCACUUGCUACUUCAGUAAUGUCUAUAUUAUAUAAAUAGUAUUUCAGACACUAUGUAGUCUGUUAGAUUUUAUAAAGAUUGGUAGUUAUCUGAGCUUAAACAUUUUCUCAAUUGUAAAAUAGGUCGGCACAAGUAUUACACAUCAGAAAAUCCUGACAAAAGGGACACAUAGUGUUUGUAACACCGUCCAACAUUCCUUGUUUGUAAGUGUUGUAUGUACCGUUGAUGUUGAUAAAAGAAAGUUUAUAUCUUGAUUAUUUUGUUGUCUAAAGCUAAACAGAACUUGCAUGCAGCAGCUUUUGACCAUUUCCAGAGUGCUUAUAAUAUACAUAACUCCCUGGAAAUUACUGAGCACUUUGAAUUUUUUUGUUUUUUGUUUUAAUGUCUAAGAUUGUCAGUUAAUAUAUUAUUUUAUGUUUGAGUAAGAAUUUUAAUAUUGCCAUAUUCUGUAGUAUUUUUCUUUGUAUAUUUCCAGUAUGGCACACGAUAUGAGUCACUGCCUUUUUUUCUAUGGUGUAUGACAGUUAGAGACGCUGAUUUUUU